ACACGUAAUGGAACCAAUGGAGCCAAGUUUGUCCAACGAGCUCCAUACUCUGAAUUUAUCCAUUCCACACUCCAUGAAGUAAAGAACUUGUUUGGUACUAUGAGAAUGCCCGCUGAAUCUUGUCUCGAAUAUAUUGAAGAUCGCCUGAGGAUAUUGUAUUUGAAAGCUCUGGUGAUCAAUAACGUAGUAGGAAAAAGUACUCCGCCGUCAACGCCGCCAACAACGAUAUUUCAGCAAAAUUCGACGGUCAAGAUGCAGAUUGCCAAGGUUGCAGCGGCGGUAGGAUUGCAUGAAUCUGAUACGGACCUGAUUUAUGGAAUCAUGUCAACGUUUUGA